AGAUAAAAUUAUGAAUUUAGAGUAAAUCUUUAAAGCAUUUGAUUGCUGCUCGACCUAGAUUUUAUUUUCUUGUAGUGACUAUGAGGAGACAAUCCCGUCUAACGAUGAAGGAGUUUGCCUUUAAGUGAUGGCGAAGUACCGUACAGUACCCAACUAUCCGAGGGUGAAUAUUGUGGUGGAUUUAUGUCAUCGCAGCAGCAUUAUCACAAAGUUGCAGCUGCUACUAAAACUGGAGCUUAUGAGCAAGGUCGUUGUGCUGGCGAUUUUUUCAAGAAAUCAUCGACCUUAGUCGAGUACCAAACGUUGACCAGCUAGAAGAGUCACAUGCAAAGUUAAAGACUUGCAGAACUUUUCAGGUAAUUACAACUGUUAUGAAAGAAAUAUAGUAAAUAAAAUGAAUGUACUGUAGAAUUUUUAAUUUAAGUGGCGCACAAUCAAAUACUACCAGGUGUUUCUUAAAAGGGUUGUAAAACCGUUAACAGUUUAGUUGGUAUCAUUUGUUGUUAGAGAUUCCCAGUCCAACUUCAAGAUUUUUCUUUGGUGAAGGUAAUUUUAUUCGUUUCUCGACUUAAAAUAAUCAUCCUUCAGUAAAAUGCCGCAAGCUUUAUAUAUAUAAAUAUUCGAUAUAUAAAGUUGCAAACAAAAUACCGUAAACUACACCUUACAAAGACUAUUAUACUACGUUAUAAGAACGGCCAGAAGAAGCAAUUUAUCAUCAAUACCCUCUAGCACUAGCCAUAUUUGUGAUUUACAAUUUUUUAUCAAAAACGGUUUUAUAAGUAAAUUAAAAAAAGAAAUAGAGAACUUUGAAAUGCUCAAAAGCCUGGUAUCGGCACUCAUGUUCCUGUCCAGUUUUGAUAACAUUUUCAUGAGAGUCUCAGUGAGUCUAAAUUCAGCUUUUCUCGCUCAACUCUGCUUUGCAAGUUAUUGACUCUUUUCCCUUUAUUUAAGAACAUUUGGUAUGUUUACUUGCAAUGUGAUAUAUUUUUACCUCAGUUGGGUUAUUUCAAUUUGAUUACAAUCUAAAUGUAAGUCAUUUCCCCGACAGCCCAUCGAUGUGUACGCAGUAAAAUUUUUCAUUUUUUGAUGCCUUUAAAAAACGGACAAAUUUGUUCCAGGGUUCUAUUCCAUCGGCUAAAGCCUUCUAGGGCGACUUCAAAACGGACGCCACCGUACAACAGACAGUCUUUUAAUGUCUCUUUUAUGUGUUCGUUUCUAUUUACUCUGUGUUCGUUUAUGUGUUCGUUUAUGUCUGUUUCUUUCUACCCUGGGUACCGGAGUCUCCAUUAUUCAGACUCAGAAAUAUAGUUAUAAACUAUUCACAAAAAUUCAUUCUUUGCCACCGCUGCUGUCUGCAAUACUUUUCCCCCGGAUUUACGAGGCUAUGGUAACCAGGGCAGUUUUUAUCAAAAUGUCGUUCUCACCAUACUACAAACGGAUGCGUUAUGACAAUGUUUCCUCAUUUACAUCUCUUUUGGGGGAAAGGCGGUGAUGGUUGAUAGGAUCCAAGACAUGAGAAGAAUAACGAAUAAGAAAUUAGGUUUUUAUUCACAAAUGGUUUAUAACGACCACAUCAACAUGAUGAAUGCGUUAAGGCGCCAAGUUCUCAUAUCUAACGAUAGGGUUAGAGGGGCCCAGCUUGACAUGGAAAUGACCGAAUUUGACCUCAACCAAGCAAACUCUCAGUUGAACAAAGAAGCAAUGAACCUGGAGCUUUUCAAAAUUGGGUUGACCCAGGCCAAUGAGACUUACGCUGGCAAGUUGCUCUUCUUUCAUCAAACGAAUAGGCAAAGCUCAGAAAAUUUUGAAUGCUUACAAGCGCAAAUUGUUGAGCAGAGGAAAAGUUUCAAGGAAGAGCUGAACACCAAGCAGGUUCGUCUUGCCCGUCUUAAGAUGGCCUUGCAUUCAGCAAAAGACAAAAAGAGCUUGAUCAUGGGGCACUUGGCAAAAAGUCGUGAGAAAAUUCUGAAGAAUAAGCUGAAGAAUGACAAAGAAUUUGUGGAUGUCUACGAAGAGCUUGCAAAGAAAAAACAUGUUAAUGCUGAAAUGUCCCGUGCUUUGGAGAUGCAAGAUCGCAUGAUUGCAGGCUUGAAUGAAGAAGGUGCUCGUUUAGAAGAGGAAAUGAAGAUUAAGGAAGAGAAACUGAAAAAAUCUAAAAGAAAAUGGAAGAUAAGAUUCCUCUCUUUCUUUUGUAUUCAUUUAGAAGAAGACUGACUUAGUAGUGCAAUUUGAAUAUCGUUUUAAAUAGCUGUUACUUAAUAGUACUUGAUUGACCUGGUUUAAAAUUGUCUUUUCUUUCUGUACCACUGGAUUUUCUGGCUUAAAAUUUAUCCUUUUUAAUGGUUUGAGAUGUGUAGUUACAAAGGAAAAACAGAGAAAUGUCCAGUAAAUGACGUUUGAGAUCGAUAGUUUUUGCUCAGUAAGGUAAAGUUCCAAAUCUUGCGAUCAUUCCAAUGGAUAGGAAGCAUAAGCAAUUAGAUGGGCUGUGCGGCUAGAGGGGCCAUGAUUGGCCGCGCCGAAAUUAUAUCCUUCUUUAAAUGUGACAAACAAGACCGUACUGUCACAUCAGGAAACAGUGAAAUUUUUCAUCGAUGGGAAUGGAUCCAGUUGACUGACGUGGGGAUUCUCUUUGCAAAGGUUUUAGCUCCUUCUCUGCGAAAGAUCGAACUGUUUGUUGUUUUGAUAAAGGUUGCUUAUAAGACCUGAAGUUGAAGUUUAAAACACAUUAAGGGAGACUUUAAAAUUGUAAGAAUGAUUUUGAUUAGGAGAAUAUCGAUUCGACAAACCUGAAGAAACUGCAGUGACAAUAAAGUUUGUUGAAAAGCCGAUUUUGAUGGUGUUAGUCAAGAGCUAAGCGUACUAACGUAUUGCUAUUAAAAUUAAAUUUAUGUUUUGCUUUCUGUUACUAAAUUGUUAUUUUUUGCUUGAUUAGGAAAUUCAGGACAAAUGUACUGGUCUGCUAGGAUUUACAAACGACUGAGUUUCAUGCCUGAUUUUUUAAGUAUUUCUCUGCAAAAGUCAAAUUUAAGUCCAGUUCUGCAAUUUCAAUUGUCAGUGUGAAACAUUGUCUAUUUACCAAAAUAUUUCAAGACAUGUUUACUGCUAGCGUUAUUUCAUGAUUAGAAAAAGUGGUAAAAUGGGCGGUGGUUAUCUAUAUAUAAAGGCUAUAAAUAUUGUCAAAUGUUCAGUUGAAUUCAGAAAACUAUCUAAAUUAACUUUAACAAUAAUUAAUACAUGUUGUGAAAUUUUAAAGAUAAAAGAUUUAAUCUUGAGUUAGCAUAUCUCCUCCCCCCCCCCCGCCCCCCGUUCCCAAAAUGCUUGCAUUAAAUUCAAUCACGUCACAGUCGCUAAUGCAGCAAGUGUAAUUGUGACGUAAUAUUUGCUACGUCAGAUUGAUGUAGUAAGACAUAAAUAGCGUCGCGUUUGAUAGUUCAUUGCCUACAAGCUGAGAUUCGAAUGAACAGAGCUACGUUCAGGCUGUGAUCGAAAUAUACUAGUGUUUGUUGAUAUAUCAAAAUUGAGAUAUCACUGAAGAUGGAAGAUUUACUCAAGGUUUCUUUAGACCAACCUAACAAUCAGCGUAUCCGGACAGAGCCUUUCAGAGUUGCUGAGGAUGUUUUCAAAACUCAAGAUGCCUCGUGCCAAGAGACAAAAAGUGUUGUUGCAGAUCGUCAAGAUGAAGAAAGCUCGACCUUUCAUGAUUUGCUGCAGACCUUCAGUCAAGAGGUUGAUGAUCGGGAAAAAUACGCAGUUGCAGGAACCUACGACAAUAGUUCUUCAAGGAAUGAUGCCUUGAAAUCGUGCAGUGUUUCUGCCCUCUCAGAUGAAGUAAAUUAUGCCGAUGCUGACGAGUUUUAUGAAUUUGGAGAGAAGUCUGAUGAGGAACAAAGUGACAAUGAAGAGGAACCAUCACUCUAUAAUGAUAUUGAGAAUUCAAUCGCAAGUGAUUGUGAAGUAUCGUACAAUACACAACAAUCAGAGGAGGAAUGUUGCGAUAAUUAUCAUCUUUCGCAGACCUAUGAAAGUGAUUUGCCAACAAGCAGCGAAACGUUUCAGCAUAACUUUCAAGAGCAAAGCGAAAGCGUUUAUUAUCACAUUUCCGGCGAUCAAGAAAAAUCGGAGCCGAUUUAUUCCAAUCAAGAGACUUAUGAAUAUCAAAAAAGAAAUGCUGCCAGUGACGUAACGACUGGUGUCAAUGGAUACAAUGCUCAUAGAAUUCAAGAAUUCACGAGCCCUCAAAAUGAAUUUGACCAUCUAGAUGAAUCACUGGCAAGUUUGAAAACAGAGCUUGCAGAAAUUUUCAGGAGAAGAGAUGGACUACUGGCAAGAAUAAUAGAAAUAAAGCGAGUGCAAAAUGAGAAACUCAGCUUCUAUUCAAAGAUGGUGGAUAAUGACUACAGCAAUAUAAUGGAUGAGCUGAGACGCCAAGUUCUCAUAUCCAACGAUAGGGUUAGAGGGGCCCAAUUUGACAUGGAAAUGGCUGAUUUUGACCUCAACCAAGCACACUCUCAGUUGAACAAAGAAGCAAUGAACCUGGAGCUUUUCAAAAUUGGGUUGACCCAGGCCAAUGAGACCUACGCUGGCAAGUUGCUCUUCUUUCAUCAAAUGAAUAGGCAAAGCUCAGAAAACUUUGAGUGCUUACAAGCCCAACUUGUUGAGCAGAGGAAAAGUUUCAAGGAAGAGCUGAACGCCAAGCAAGUUCGUCUUGCCCGUCUUAAGAUGGCCUUGCAUUCAGCAAAAGACAAAAAGAGCUUGAUCAUGGGGCACUUGGCAAAAAGCCGUGAGAAAAUUCUGAAGGCCAAGCUGAAGAACGACAAAGAAUUUGUCGAUGUCUACGAAGAGCUUGCAAAGAAAAAACAUGUUAAUGCAGAGAUGUCCCGUGCUUUUGAGAUGCAAGAUCGCAUGAUUGCAGGCUUGAAAGAAGAAGGUGCUUGUUUAGAAGAGGAAGUGAAGAUUAAGGAAGAGAAGCUAAAAACAGCUAAAAGUAAAUGGAAGAGAAGAUUCCUCUCUUUCUUUUGCAUUCGUGUAGAAGAAGACUGACUUAGUUGUGCAUUUUGAAGUCUGUUGUAUAUAACUGUUAUUUUAUAUUACUUGGUUGAUCUGGUUUGAAAAUUGUCUUUUCUUUCUGUACCACUGGAUUUUCUGGCUUAAAAUUUGUCUUUUUUAAUGGUUUGAGAUGUAUUGUUACAAAGAAAAACAGAGAAAUGUUCAAUAAUGGACGUUUUAGAUCAAACGUUUUGCUCGGCAAAUAGAGUUCCAAAUCUUGCAAUAAUUCUAAUGCGUAGGAAAAAUAUGAUUGAAAAUGUCGGCUUCCAGUUGCAAAGCAUAACGCUUUUGCCAUCAAACGGGGAGAAGGGUUAUGAUGGGCUGCGCCGAAAUAAAAUCCUUCUUUGAAUGUUAAAGAUAAAACCGCCAUUCACGUCAGUUAAAAGCAAUAAACUUUUAUCGACGUGGAAGGAUCUAAUUGACUGAGACUUUCUUUGUAAUGCUUUUAGUUGUUUCUUCUGUGCAAAAUUCAAGUUGCACAUUAAAUCUGGUACUGAGGAUAAAACACACACACAAAUACACGCACAAAAAAGAACUUUAACAAAAUAUAUACGAUCUGCUUCAAUAGAGAAACUAUGCGUUCGAUAAACGUCGAAUAAAGCUACUUCAGGGGGAGUUUUUAUGUUGUGACGAAUGCUGCUCAAUCUUUGCCUAAAUAUUGGCACAUUAGCACAUUUUCAAUAGCAUCCCCCUCGAAACGAUGCUGUUAUAUUCAACAUUACGAGCUUCGUAUUUGACUGAAUAGAGUUGUCAGAUUGCUAGGAGCGCUUCGAAGGAUUUUUGCAGCAAGUCUCAUUGGAUUCUCUUUGCUUGCAUUAAUUUAUUAGAAGAAUAAAUCACCGAUGAAGUGCACAUUCAGCCAAAGACCUUAAGUACCAUAUUCAAAUGCAGACAACUUAUUGUCUGAUUGAGAGUGGGAGCAAGAAUUUCCGAUUUCCGAAGUAGAAAUGACUGACUCGUGAGACAGUGACUUCCUUUUUCGAGUUUUGUCUAUCGCUACUUUCCAAGGUUAGAUCUGAAUAAACUAAAUAUUUGACUGAAAAGUAUAGAAGAAAUGCUUGUAUCAUUUAUUCCAGCGUCAUUAUGAAACAAAUUUAUGCCAAUGUAUCGUUUUAUGGCAAUAGGAUUUUUUAUGCGAAAUUUGUCAUGAAAUCAUGAUGAAAAUGCUGAUGUCAGCAAAUCAUGUUUGAAUAUACAUGAAUUGAAAGCUUGCAAUAAGACGAGUCAAAAUAUGUCAUUGUCAUUAAAAAAUAUCUUUGCAGUGAGGAGCUACCGAUGAUUUUGCUUGGGUUUUUUUCCAUCAAGACUUGACAUCCAAGCAUUUUCGAAAAGGUCAGCUGAAAGUUUAUGAAAUUCUGGGCCCUGUUUUACAAGAAUCAGAUGAGAAAGCAAAUGUUUGGUUGAAUGUCAGAUUGCCAGGCUAUAGGCCAUACCUUUUUGUUUUACAAGAAUCACAUGAGAAAGCAAACAUUUGGUUGAAUAUCAGAUUGUCAGGCUAUAGGCCAUGUCUUUUUUGUUUAGCAAGAAUCAGAUGAGAAAGCAAACAUUUGGUUGAAUAUCAGAUUGUCAGGCUAUAGGCCAUGUCUUUUUUGUUUUACAAGAAUCAGAUGGCUAUAGGCCUUGUCUUAUUUGUUUGUUUCAGAUGGUUAAAAUUAUUGACUCUAAAACUAACAUUGUUUUGAGAGGGGGUGCACUUUA